AUGCCGUUUGGAUUGUGCAAUGCUCCAACAACGUUUAAAAGGUUGAUGGAGCUUGUACUUAACGGGCUAAUUGGAGAUGCCUGUCUGGUCUAUUUGGAUGACAUCAUCAUCGUAGGCCGUACGUUUGAGGAACAGCUUCAAAACCUGGAACGCGUGCUCAUGAAGAUCCAGAGUGCCAACCUCAAGUUGAGUCCAAAGAAGUGCUCACUAUUCAAACGCCAAGUUAGUUUUUUGGGGUAUGUAGUGUCGGAAGAAGGUAUCCGCACGGAUCCAGAAAAAAUUGCCGCUGUCAAGGAGUGGCCGGUUCCAAAAGACAAGACACAGGUUAGAGCAUUUUUGGGUUUGUGCUCUUAUUAUCGGCGAUUUGUGAAGAACUUUGCAGAUAUAACCAAACCUCUGCACAAGCUAACCGAGGAGAAGCGACAUUUCUGCUGGGAUGAAAGUUGCGAUAUUGCAUUCCAGGAGCUCAAGAACCGUCUGUGCAAAACGACUAUUUUGGGGUACCCUGAUGCAGGCAAGGAAUUCAUAGUUGACACAGACGCAAGUGAUAUAGGACUUGGCGGUGUGCUGUCUCAACGGAAUGGUGAUCAAGAGAUUGUGAUAGCGUACUUCAGCAAGUCGUUGUCUAAGCCGGAAAGGAACUAUUGUGUCACAAGACGGGAAUUGCUUGCUGUGGUAAAGUCCUUGCAGCAUUUUAGCAAAUAUCUCCUGGGGCGGAAAUUCUACUUACGAACUGACCAUGCUGCACUGAAAUGGCUAUUGCAGUUCAAAAAUCCGGAAGGACAAGUUGCGAGAUGGAUUGAACUACUACAGGAAUACGACUUUGUGAUCGAACAUCGCAGCGGGAAAUCUCAUGGCAAUGCAGAUGCAUUAUCAAGAAGACCUUGCCCUGAAGAUUGCAAGCAUUGUACUAGGCAAGAGGGUAAAGAAGUGGUAUCUGCGAGGAUAUUCAGGACUGACCAGAUCAGCAAUGAAUGGAAGGACAGCCUACAACAUGCACAUCAGGAAGAUUCGGACGUUAAGCCGAUUCUGGAAUGGAUGAAGGCCAGUGCUCCUAAGCCCAAGUGGAGCGACGUCUCAGCAAUGAGUUCGACCACGAAAAGCUAUUGGGCCCAAUGGGACAGCUUGCAGAUUCAGGAUGGAGUCCUGUGCCGUAAAUGGGAAAAUAGUCGGGGAGACAGGUGUCAUUUGCAAAUGGUUGUCCCUAAGGCUAUAGUACCGGAUGUUCUCCAGCUGUACCAUAGUGGUUGUUCAGGAGGCCACCUGGGAGUUAAACGAACUCUACUGAAGAUCUGA